UCUUCUUCCUCGCAUGCUUCAUAACUCAUCAUUGAGAAAAUGGAAUCCCCAAAAGACCGCAGCAAGUGCAAUCCCAGCGAGGAAAGUAGUAUUGCUGUUUCUUUUCAAUUAGACCCUUUGGUUUCCUCUAAUGGAAAUAACAAUCCAAGUGAAAACAACCCUCAAGAACAGCAAUGUGAGCCCAACACUAACAACGAAAACAACAAGAGCAGCAAAGCGUUGGCCAAGGGUUCCUCUCUGAUGCUUGCUAGUAUUAUCAAGGACUUCGAUUCUAAAGCUCAGGAUACUCUCAAAAGUCAGGACCACCUCAAUUGCAUCAUAGAUCGUCAUACCCGAGAGCUCGAUCAAUUGUUAGAUGAUGCGCUCUUGCCGUUCGUUAUGCAACAUGCUGCAAAGAUUUCAGGAGUUAGAAUGAGAGUUUCGUCAUUGAACUCUCUCUUAAAAUCUAUACAACGCCGUAUCGAUAAUAUUGAUCUGAUUCUAUCUGUGAGCUCCCCACAAGCUGCAAAAUAGCUAAUUUGCCAUGGCGAUGACAAGAGGGGAGUGGCCUUAAAGAAGGGCAAGUUCAGGGCAAAUGCUCAACGAAAGUUUACUCAUUAUUCACCUUCUAUUUGUUAUGUUAUCCUAUCGUUGUGGUCUUUGAAAGAUACUCUACUUCUAAAGGAUAGUGAUUACUAUCAAACUAGACAUCCCAUUGAAAAUAUUGCUAAACCUACAUUGUCUUUAACUCUUUCACAAACUGUUACUGUGAGCUUCUUAUAUUGCUUCAUGUGCUUCCUCAUUGAUUAUGGUUGAUAUUAUCUCGUUAACAGCUCUGCUGAAACUUCAUUGGUUUUGCAAGUUUGAAGUAAAAUUUGAUUUUCUUUCUCUUAUUUGCAGUAAAGGACGCGUGAUUUCAUCAUGAGCAGCAUCAACCCCUUGAAAAAAAAAAUUUCCCAAUUCAAACUUCUAUUAGUGCACCUUGCAUUUGCAGAGAAGGGGCGUGCUGAGCUAAUGGAAGCGCAUACCUGCUACAAACAAAACAUCAAGCAAUGGAGUCAACUUUUUGUCUUUUUUUUUUCUUUUUUAAUUGAUAAAG